AUGAAUCAUAUCUUUCUCUCCGCAUUGGCUCUUCUCAGCCUUGCCUUUGCUUGGGAGGAGCAAUCGGUGUUGGCUUCCACCACCACCCACUCCUUGAAACUAUUCAUCCGCACUCCAACAACACAGGUGCAUCGCAACGCUCUUGAGACUGCAGUGUCAAGAGUCCUGGAUUCUGGCCAAGUCCGUGAUGCUUUGACGGGGCAGGGUAACGGGGCCCUCAACGGAACAACCCAUAGGCUCCUCCACGUUGACAAUCUGCGUGAACCCAACGAGAAGAAUGAACGCAACAGCUUUCGAGCCGUUGUGGCAGAUUACGCACAUGGCAGGACGGUCUACGUGAAUGUCGACGACGCCCUUGGACCUCUAUCGGCUGCGUCUCUUGACAUAACGAACGAUCAGCCACUUCCAAACCAAGAUGAACUGCUCGACGCAGCCUCAAUCGCCGGGUUCGGCCCCAACGCGACCGUCUUCAGCAGAAUGCCACCCCUCAUACAUGAAUCGAAUUCUGAUGGGUCAACGUCUCGAAUCCUUCACAUCCAAGCAGGCAACGGUAGCAACGAUACACUGCGCUCGUUCCACGUCAACAUGUACACACGGACCGCGACGCCAGUCCAGCUCAUCCAGGCACUGCCAAGCUGUUCAGGAACACCGGAGAACGAGGCUGUCAUAGCGUCAGGUCGGCAGGUCGGGACGGCACACGUGACAAUCACCGACCUCCACAACAAUGUCCUUUGGGAUUUGGAAGUGGUCAGACCUGGAGCGUCGUCCGGGAGCCUUGGCUCUGGCGUGGAAUUGAACAACGUACGGUACAAGAACAAAAUGGUGCUGAAGAAGGCACAUUUACCGAUUCUCAACGUCAACUAUCUGGAGAAGUCUCCGGGUUGCGGGCCUACAUUCCGAGACUGGGUGGAUAGAGAGUUUCCGUUUGACUGUCCUGGUGCCGAUGCUCCCGGGGUGCCCGGAUUCCGCGAGUGCACGGGAGGCAGGUCCUCCACGUUCAUCGACGGCAGACCCGACAACGAGGGCUUUCGGGGUGUCUCGUUCGACGUCUACGACGACCGGGUUGUCAUCAGGUCGCAACUGUGGGCGGACUGGUACCGAUAUGUCUCUCAAUGGACUCUGGGUGCCAACGGCAAGAUCGCGCCGCGGUGGGGAUUCGGCGGGGUGCUGCAACAGAAUCGUCACUGCGUGUGCGUCAAGCAUCAUCACCACGCGUACUGGCGCUUCGACUUUGACAUUGAAACGUCCAAGAACAACGAGGUCCGUCAGUGCGACGGCGCCCACUGCAUCGCGCAAAAGUACACGGGCAACAUGAAGAAGGAAACCAACCGACACUGGGAGAUUGUCAACACGGCCUCGAACCGGGGCUACAGGCUGACGCCAGGCAAGACCGACAGGAAGGAGGGCGACGCGGGCGACACGACCGGCUACGGCGUCGGCGACCUGUGGCUCGUCAAGGCCGACGCCCCGGUCGAUGACGGCUGCACUCGCAUCGACGGAGAUUGGCCCCUCGGCCCGCUCCAAUGCACCCAAGCCAACUUCCAGAAGAUCAUGAACACCCCGGGCCAAGACGUCGCACAGCAGGACCAGGUCCUCUGGUACUCUGCGUCGUUUAUGCACCACCAGGACCACGAUGACCCGGCCGUGCCUCAUAUCAUUGGCCCAAUGUUGGAACCUAUUGGUACAUGGUGA